AUGGCGAGACCAACGGUGGUUUUGAUCGGUACCCUUGAUACUAAAAGUGAAGAAUUUAACUUUAUUCGUCGUAAAAUUCAAGAAACAAGUUCGACACAAGUUUUAUUAAUGGAUGUAACUACAUUGGCCGAUUCUAAUGACAUGAUUUCAAAUAUGGAUAUUUCUAGUAAAGAUGUUGUGGCGGCGGCGGGAAGUGAUUUUCGGGAAUUUCAAGAGAAAAAAAUUAAAAAAACGGAUGCUUUUAAAAUAAUGGCACAUGGAGCCUCAGUUCUUUUACAAAAUAUGUUAAAGAAAGGAGAAGUGCAUGGUGUAAUGGGGUUAGGAGGUAGCUGUGGAACAACUAUUGUAAGUGAAGCAAUGCAGUCCUUACCACUAGGUCUACCAAAACUGAUCGUUUCCACCAUAGCAGCGGGUGACAUGAGACCUUAUGUUGGAUUAGUUGAUACCACCAUAAUGCAUAGUGUCACAGAUCUUGCUGGUUUAAAUAUCGUUUCGGAACAAAUAUUGUGUAACGCAGCCGUAGCAAUCUCUGCUAUGGCUUUACAUUAUUUUGAAAGCGUUUCUUCUGUUUGUAAACGAGAGAAAUCUCUUGUCGCGUUAACCAUGUUCGGUGUGACUACUCCUUGUGUUACUUCAGCAAAAAAUCGUUUAAAGGAAUUAGGAUAUGAUGUUGUUAUUUUUCACGCAACAGGUACUGGAGGGAGAGCAAUGGAAAAACUGAUUGAGUCCGGUAUAGUUGAAGGCGUGUUGGAUAUAACAACAACAGAAUUGGCGGAUGAAUUUGUGGGUGGAAUCUUGUCAGCUGGACCACAUCGUUUAGAAAAAGCAGGUGAAAAAGCAAUACCACAAAUUGUCUCACUUGGAGCAUUAGAUAUGGUGAAUUUUGGUGAAAUCAAUACGGUGCCUGAUAAAUUCAAAGGGCGAAAUCUAUUCGAACAUAAUGAAAAAGUUACAUUAAUGAGAACAAACAAAGAGGAAUGUAAAGCUCUAGGAGAAGUAUUAGCUAAUAAACUGAAUAAAGCGAAAGGACCGGUUACGUUAUUUAUACCUAAAGGUGGAAUUUCUAUUCUAUCGAAGGUCGACGGGCCAUUUUAUGAUCGCGAAGCUGACGAAGUCUUGUUUCAAUCGAUAAAAUCACAUCUGCAUUCAAAUGUAAGUAUUGUGGAGAUGAACGUUGAUAUCAAUGAUGAGAGUUUUGCAAAGGCGAUGGCAAAUGCAUUACAUGAAGAUCUAACCCGAGCAAAUAAAAAUAAGCCUGAAACAACUACUAUUGCUCUUUCUAAUAAACAACCUGUUCAAUAUAAAACGAAACCAAAAAACCGCAGUGAAGCUUUAGCAAGAUUGAAUGAAACAAUUAACAAUGGUGAUCUUAUCAUUGGUGCAGGAGCUGGAAUUGGACUGUCAGCAAAAUGCAUCGAAGAAGGAGGAGUCGAUUUAUUAAUUAUAUAUAACUCAGGACGAUACCGAAUGGCUGGACGAGGGUCUUCUGCUGGAUUACUGUCCUAUGGAGAUGCAAAUGCAAUUGUAUUAGAGAUGGCAAAUGAAAUCUUGCCCGUCGUAAAGAGGACACCUGUUUUAGCGGGAGUUUGUGGAACUGAUCCGUUCAAAAUCAUGAGUUAUUUUUUGAAGCAAAUAAAAGAAAUUGGUUUCGCUGGCGUUCAAAAUUUUCCAACAGUGGGUUUGAUGGACGGGAGUUUUCGACAAAGUUUAGAAGAAACUGGUAUGAGUUAUGACCUUGAAGUUGACAUGAUUAGGCAAGCACAUGAAUUAGGCCUGUUAACUGCACCGUACGUCUUUAACGUUGAUGAUACUAGAAAAAUGGUGCGAGCAGGAGCAGAUAUAUUAGUUGCACACAUGGGGGUGACCACUAAGGGUUCUGUUGGGGCGAGUACAUCUGUAUCUCUGGAUGAUUGUAUAAUCAGAAUUCAAGAGAUGCAUGAUGAAGCUGUUAAAAUCAAUCCAAAUGUUAUUGUAUUGUGUCAUGGAGGUCCGCUUGCCGAACCUGACGAUGUUGCCUACGUUUUAAAUAAGACAAAAGGCGUUAAUGGUUUCUUUGGUGCUUCGAGUAUGGAACGAUUACCAACGGAGAAAGCUUUAAAAGAAAACGCGCAAAAUUUUAAAAGAAUUAAAAUAUCAUCGUCACGACAGUAA